UGCAUGGGCAGGCGGACUCUCAACCACUGCGCCACCAGGGAAGCCCAUCUUCACGUUUUUAUUUAAUGUUUUUCUUUUCUGGUGUUGAGAGCACUCAUUCAACAUCUGACCUUUCAGCCCAGGUGCAAGUCCACAGCAGUGUCAGCUCCAGGCCCUAUGUCGUAGAGUACACAUCGAGAAAUUGUCCACCUUGUCCCCAGCUCCUGGUGACUCAAGACUGGGAUUCGCAAGAGGAAGCGAAUGAUGAUCAACGAGGCUCAAAGAACUACUUCCUUGCCACAGUGGAGUACGGCUUACACGUUUUCAACCAGAGGAGCCAGGACAGCAAUGCCUACAAGGUGGUGCGCAUCCUGAGGUCGUGGAAGGAGCCAGUUGAUUUCGGCAUCGUGUUCUCCACGGAGCUGCAGCUGGGCCGAACCAGGUGUGGGAAAUUUGACGAAGACAUUGACAACUGUCCGUUUCAAGCAAGUCCAGACGUGAAUAAUGUAAGACACGUGACAGCGGCCCUCAGGUUACACGGCUGUGGACGCUGCCUCGGGGCAGGGGGUGUGGGGAGUGAUGACAAUGCCGUUCCAAGGGACACGGAGGGACAUUUGCAGGACGGAGCCCAGCCAGGCCGGACAACCCCGGUCACUUGUACGCCCCUGGCCUGUCUAGCCGCUGCACCGCAGGUCACACUGGGGUCAGGUUGCUCCUGCCCACUUGGGUCCGGGUCACCUGGGCCAGAGACGGGAAUGUCCCCUCCCUGGUGUUCACCCACCUCCCUUCCCUGCCUUCAGGAGAAGUGCGGGGGGUUAACAACAUCACCUUGGCCGAGUAGCCCCCUCUCGGGUCCCCCUGCCACUGACCCAGAGCCCGAGGGGUGGAAGCUGAGGAGCCCCACUGCCCUCCCUCCCAGGCCCUGCCCUGGUGAUAAGGCGGGUGAGCCCCGCCCCGGGACAAACCCAACUUGGAUCAGAGGCCCUGCUGGGACGCUGGGGGCAUGAGUCACACUGGGACAUCCUGGGGGCCGGGUCCCUGGAGACCACAGAGCUGGAGACGGGAGAAUGAUCCAGGUGCCUCUGGGGUCAGGAGAGAGUCCCAGGUCGGGAACAUCCAGGACUGAGGGCCAGAGCCUGCACCCCCAGCUGCCCACCCCAGGAAGGCAAGGUUGGGGGGAUGCUGGCUUUAGAGCUGGAGCCACUGCUUCCCAAGGCCCCUCCCCCGACUCUGUCCCUGUGCUUUGUCCCGCAGACCAUCACCUGCUUCUUUACAAUCAUCACUGACCCAUGGAGAACAAAGUUUCAACUCUUGAACAACACCUGCUCAGAGGACUCCACUGAGUGA